CAACGGUUCUGGAAUAGGUGGAAUUUUCUAGAACCCCAACCCUCUCCAUAAAAACCCAAACCCUAAUCUUCUUAACUCUGUUUCAGUGUAUUCCCUUAUCCAUUUCCUUUCACUCCACACCAUGGCCUCUGCAAACGCUCUCUCUUCAGCUUCUAUUCUACGUUCCCCUAACCGCCAGUCUCUCACCCGAAGAGUCAACCAGAACGGAAGAGUGAAUUACCGGCAACCGAAUAGCCGUUUCGCGGUGAAGGCCUCCGCGAAGGAGAUUGCGUUCGACCAAAGUUCCCGGGCUGCGAUUCAGGCCGGCAUUGACAAGCUAGCCGACGCCGUUGGACUCACUCUUGGGCCGAGAGGGAGAAAUGUUGUGUUGGAUGAGUUUGGAAGUCCAAAAGUGGUUAACGAUGGUGUUACCAUUGCUCGCGCUAUCGAGCUUCCCGAUGCCAUGGAGAAUGCCGGUGCAGCUCUUAUUAGAGAGGUUGCUAGUAAGACCAAUGACUCUGCGGGUGAUGGGACAACCACGGCUUCGGUUCUUGCUCGCGAAAUUAUUAAGCUGGGGCUUCUCAGUGUGACUUCUGGAGCAAAUCCCGUGUCUCUUAAAAGAGGAAUUGACAAAACUGUGCAGGGAUUGGUGGAGGAGUUGGAGAAGAAAGCAAGGCCUGUCAAAGGUGGAGAUGAUAUCAAAGCUGUUGCAUCUAUUUCUGCUGGGAAUGAUGAGUUGAUUGGGCAAAUGAUUGCGGAAGCAAUUGAUAAGGUUGGACCUGAUGGUGUUUUGUCCAUUGAGUCUUCGUCUUCAUUUGAAACGACGGUUGAAGUUGAAGAAGGAAUGGAGAUUGACAGAGGGUAUAUCUCACCUCAAUUCGUUACAAACCCUGAGAAGUUGAUUGUUGAAUUUGAGAAUGCUAGAGUGUUGGUUACGGAUCAGAAGAUUUCAGCAAUAAAAGACAUAAUUCCAUUGUUGGAGAAAACCACUCAAUUGAGAGCUCCUUUGCUUAUCAUUGCUGAGGAUGUCACCGGUGAGGCUUUGGCCACACUUGUUGUGAAUAAGCUGCGUGGUAUCCUUAACGUUGCUGCCAUCAAAGCUCCUGGCUUUGGGGAGCGGCGAAAGGCCCUCCUUCAAGACAUUGCUAUAUUGACUGGUGCUGAGUUCCAAGCGAGUGAUCUGGGAUUGCUUGUUGAAAGCACCUCAGUGGAGCAGCUUGGUUUGGCUCGGAAAGUGACCAUCAGCAAGGAUUCUACUACUAUCAUUGCUGAUGCGGCAACAAAGGAUGAGUUGCAAGCCAGAAUUGCUCAGUUAAAGAAGGAGCUGUCAGAGACGGACUCAGUUUAUGAUACUGAAAAACUGGCUGAGAGGAUAGCUAAAUUGUCUGGUGGAGUUGCAGUCAUCAAGGUUGGUGCUGCUACAGAAACUGAACUUGAGGAUCGAAAGCUACGAAUUGAGGAUGCGAAGAAUGCAACUUUUGCUGCCAUUGAGGAAGGUAUUGUCCCUGGUGGAGGUACUGCAUUGGUUCAUCUCUCCACUCAUGUCCCAGCAAUCAAGAACAGGCUUGAGGAUGCAGACGAAAGGCUAGGAGCCGAUAUUGUGCAAAAGGCUCUGGUAGCACCUGCUGCAUUGAUUGCUCAGAAUGCUGGAAUAGAAGGUGAAGUUGUUGUGGAGAAGAUAAAGAAUGGUGAAUGGGAGGUUGGUUAUAAUGCUAUGGCAGACAGGUAUGAGAAUUUAGUAGAUGCAGGAGUUAUCGACCCUGCCAAGGUUACAAGGUGUGCGUUGCAGAAUGCUGCUUCAGUUGCUGGAAUGGUGUUGACCACGCAGGCCAUUGUGGUGGAAAAAGCAAAGCCCAAGGCACCUGUAGCUGGUGCCCCACAAGGCCUUACCGUUUGAUUUUAGGUCAUUAGGCUACGGCGAAGAACAGUUUUGUGCAGUAAAUGGAAAGAGC